UAAAUAUCACAAGAGGGCGCUGUUCACAAAUCAUGGCGCUCAACUCGAAGCGAAGCGAGUGGCAUUUGCUCCGAUAUGCGAGGUUUGUUCGUUCGAAUGACGCGGCCAAAACUGGUGGCAAAGAACAGCAAGAAGCCUCGACACAAGCAGGAACGUGGAAGCAUUUUCCCUGGUCUGACGCCGAGCCAUUGAUGUUGUCCAUUCAAGAUUCCAGCUAUCUUCUCAUCACCAGAGGCAAGCUUAUCCUUGAGAGUCAUGCACUUUUUGAUGCCGAGCACUACAUAAAGGGGGCAGUCAGAGGAGAUUGCUUGCUGUUCAUCCAAAAAAUUAAGAAUGAAUGCAGGAAGUUCCGAGUCAAGUUCAAGCAAGGUUCGUUCCCGUCGACUGUUGAGGCUUGCGCGGACUGCGUCGUCAAUCUGAGAACGUAUUUCCAUGUCAAGCAGGAGGGUGCCGACACGACACAGAAGCCUGCAGCGGACAAAACGAUUCUGGAGGGCGAAGUUUCUUUAGGAACUGUUGCUACGGUUCUACUAGGCAGCAAGACGUUGGACCUCCCCCUUGCCUACCACCACCACCAAUCGUCCUGGCAGCCUGAGCAACUCUCUGAGAUGGUGCGGCUCUGCCUCGCCGACCCAACGUUCCCUGCGUUUGUGGAGACGGUGGAGGACGAACUGAAGAAAUUAACGAGAGACGAAUGACGAUUUGUGGUCAUGGGCGAGUUAGAACUUCCACUGAAAACUCUCAAUGUUAAAUUGAGGAAUUUGUGCAGAAAAGCAAAUGUCAAGUAGUUAAGCUUUCAUAAUGUUCAGACUGUGUUAAAUUACGCAUCAUAGUUUUUGCAGUUUCUGAUGUAAAAUACAAAAAAAAUUACGUGUUGUGAAAAUUUUGAAAAACUACAUGUAUUUACUCAGAACAGGCACAAAUAUGAAGAAAGUUGUAAACCUUCGGCCAGAGUUGAGUUGCGUACCGCUACAAUAAUAAUAAUAAUAAUAACUAUUACCGGGAAUGGGUCAUUUGGGAGACAUUCCCAUAGACUUGUGCAC